AUGUUUCACUUGAAGGAACAUAAUUUUCAACAACACUGCAAUAGCAUUGGCCAAUAUCUACGUGAGUUACGUGUGAAACGAGAUUCAAGUACCGCUGAUGUUGAAAUUAUUUGUGCUCAAAUGCAAAUCGAUUUUUUGCAUAGCAAUAUCGGUGUCAUAUAUUCGAAUUACAUUCGUACGAUGGUUAAAUGCAAUCAAACACCAUUUCGGAUUUUACUCCUCAAUUUUCAAUACAAAGUUAUUUCAGCUAUUAUUGAUUGGAUGUAUACCGGAGAGAUCCAAGUGACAGUGAAAGAAUAUGGUGAAUACCUAAAGGUUGUCAACAAUCUUGGUAUUCAUAAACUGCAACAAAAUUUAGAAAAUACCUUACAAGUAUUUGCAGAGGAAAGUGAUUGUAUCAUCUGUUGUAUCAAUAUUGCUACUGAUCCAGAAUGUUCGGUUUCUUCUAUGGUACAAGGAAUAAUUUGUCAAAAGUUUGCUACAAUUAUGAAUACUCUCUCAGAUAAUGAUAUUCAAAAAUUAACUUUAAAUGCUAUCAAAGCAUUGCUUGCUUCGCCAUACAUCAAAUCAAAGGGAAAAAUUGAUGUGGUCAAUUUCACUUUGCAAUGGUUGAAAAACUCAGCACAUUUACCAUUCUUGGGUGCUGUGCUUCGAUCGUUUUAUAUAAAAACACCGCGAUCAAAUCAAUUGAUACCACUGAUACAGCAUCUUCGACGUCUUAACCAAAAACUUCCCAAAAGUUGUCCGUCAUCCAUUCAUAUCGACUUUUAUAAUAAAUCAAUGGUUGACAGCAGUGACAUAAGAAAAUAUGCUAAAAGCAGCAAUGUUAUCGGAUCGAAUUCUUCGGCAAAUGAAAGUGAAAAGGAACCAGCGUGCGAAGAUACGGAAAUCCGGAAAAUGGUCGGUUCUCCAAUGGAUACUUCAUACAUUACUGAAAUCAAUAAGUUGCCAAGUUUCGAAGAAUUAAUUAAGGUUAAUUAA